GUGACUAUAGGACAUGUGUCUACGCUAUGAGCCGUGUUAGUCUCAGGAAGAAGAAUAUCAUGAGACAUCAGAUGAUCUACACGCUAUUUAUUGUCUUUGUGCUAACCUGUAUUAUAUUGAUUUCAUCUAUACUAUCAACAUAUGGAAAUUGUAAAUAUUGGAAUAAGAAAUUACAUUUUAAUUCACUUCUGACACUGGGAAUGCACCCUCGUCUAAAACUGGGAACGGUGAAUCUCACUGAUGGAGUCUAUACUUACAACCUGAACUUUUCUGAGUUCUGGACUGAAUUCCCGUACCUACAAAGUUAUCAGUGCUCACUUAAACUCACGCCACAUGGCCAAUUUGAGAAGAAGUCCACUCGACCACUCUUAAUCCUGGCUAUUAAAUCCCACCCAGCCUUCAGCACAAGACGAGCGAUGCUGAGACAAACAUGGGCUACAGAGAGAGAGGUCAAUGGGUACUGGGUGAAACCCAUCUUUCUUACAGCACAAGCUGACAAUCCCAGACAGAUGGAACUCAUGAAGUCAGAGAGUCGAGAGUUUGGAGACAUUCUACAGUGGAACUUCACUGAAAGUCAUAAUAACCUUUCUCUAAAGGAACGCUGCUUCCUGGAAUGGCUUCAAUAUCACAUCCCUUGGGUGGCAUUUAUAUUCAAAGGAGAUGAUGAUGAAUAUGUGAAUCCCUAUGCUGUGGUGAAGUAUAUAAAGGAACAUGGCUCCUCCCCUCUCACAUCACACGGCUACCUGCGUCCUCAUUCAGCCGUUAUGCGUCACACCAAAUACCGCAUUUCAGAGAAUCUCUAUCCUUUCCAUUUAUUUCCCGACUUCCUCUCCGGGGGGGGCUUUCUGUUCCCAGGGCACUCGGUGAAGAAGCUGUACGACGCAUCCAAGAAAAUCCCUGUUUUCCCAUUGGACGAUGUGUAUUUUGGGUUCUUGGCUUUAGCAGCAAAUCUAACCUUUCGCCACGAUGAACGGUUCCAUGUGUAUGGAUUGGCCUAUAACGUGUGCAGGUACCAGCAGGCACUGGUGGUUCAUGGGAUUGGGCCAGAACGUAUGAUGAAAAUAUACAAUGAGGUGCAGAAAGCACAGUGCAAGGACUGAGACCACGCGCCUUCUGGAUGGGACGAGAGCUCGCUGCUCUCUGAGUAACAAGAAAACCGUAAUCAUGUUUUAGACAUAAUUAGCAUUGAUGUCAACAUGAUCAAAACAUUUUCUAUUUACAUUUCUAUGCACAGUUGGGCAGAAAUACAGAUUUUAGAAUAUCAGUACAAUGAAAAGCAUAUUUUUCACAUUUGUACUCCACAAGGAAUGAGCUCAUUGAUGACAGACUGAAAGGAGCAUUGCUUCUGAUGAGUUAACAAUAAUAGGUGGAGAUCUAUCAAGAUUAUGAAAGAAUUUACUUUGAUUCCAAGGUUCAAGCUUAUAGGUGUCAUAUUAGAUAGCCUAGAUUAAAAUUGGCUAACUUGGACUCAGGAAAUGCUUAAAACGACACUUAAGACCAUCAAUGUCUAGUUCUGGGAACAGAUAGCCCCCACCUGAGCUGUCUCUCCUAAAUCAGUCUGUUCCUUCUCUUUCCCGGAACUUAUUUGUUAUAUGUACAUGACUUUCAUCCCUAUGUCUUAUCUGUACUGCCUUAACCAAUUCACUCCCUUCCUACUACUGUUAUAUGAGUAUUUGCACGUAAGCACUUACUUUUAAUUUAUAAAAACACAACUGACAAAAUAAAGGUCAGAGGCUUAUUUUGAUAAUCAACACGAGUCUGGUGUCUAAUUCACGCUUCUCCAAGUGCACUUGAAAAUAACAAUUUGGGUUCUCCUGAAUAUAACAAAGAUUGAUAUUGGAUCUAUAACAAUAAGUGCAGUGAAACCCGGGAUCAGACAAAUCCAGUCCUUUAGGACCCAGGAAGAGGAUCUCGGAGGUCUUACGAGGC